AUGAGUAUAAUAUCUAUUCUUUUUAUUUGUAUUAUUCUAUUUCUUGUUGUCUAUUUACUUUACAAUCACUUGUGUUAUUUUUCUAAUCGUUCAAUCCCUUCUCCACCAAUACAUUCGAUAAUAUUUGGUCAUUUAUAUGAUCUCUGGUCAGCUAAAUCAUAUUCAGAACAACUUCGUCAAUGGACUCGUCAAUAUGGUUCUGUCUAUGGUCUUUUUGAAGGUACUCGUCCUCAGUAUGUCAUUUCUGAUAUCAAGGUCAUGGAAGAAAUAUUUAUUACACAAUUUGCUCGUUUUUAUGCCCGACGAACUGCAUUCGCAAAUCGUAUAGUAGGUAAAGAACAUUUUAAUGUUUUUUCAGCUAAUAUAGCUCAACUAUGGAAAAAACAACGUAAGAUACUUAAUCCAACAUUUAGUGGGGCAAAAAUGAGACGAUUAUUACCAACAGUUGAAGCAUGUGUUAAUGUAUUUAUGAAAAGAUUAGCAUUAAUACCGAAUGGAACAAUCAUUAAUAUUUAUGAACUAUAUAAACGAUUGACAAUGGAUACUAUUUGUAAGGUAGAAGAAUUGUUUCGACAUGAUUUUGAACGUACACGUCUAGGUAGAAUACAUCGUGCUACAUCUCAUACACUAUUAGCGAAUGUAUGGGUGUUUAUAUAUCGUUUGCAACUAUUUUUCAAAAGUAAAAAUUCAUCUCUUCCAGCUGGUAUUUGGUUGAGGAGACAUAUGUACGAAUUUAUCCAACAAAGACAUAUUGAUCUAAAUAAAAAGAAAUCUGUUGAGGAUUUUGUUCAAUUGAUGAUUGAUGCUGUAAAUUCAGAUAAGGAACAACUGUUGCCAACUGAAUUGUUAAGUAACGUACUUAUUAUUCUUAUCGCUGGUUUUGAAACAACAUCAACAGCACUUGCUUAUUGCACAUAUCAUCUUGCUAUACAUCCAGAUAUUCAACAAAAAUUAUAUGAAGAACUUCUCGAACAUUGCUCUUCUGAUUCUAAUUCUUAUGAUGUAAUUAUGUCAAAAUUGACUUAUAUGGAUAUGUUUGUUCGAGAAGUUUUACGUAUGCAUCCUAUUGCUGUUCAAGCUAUAAAUCGCGAAUGUAUGGAAGAUACUGACGUUGCUGGAUAUCACAUUCAGAAAGGUUCCUCGAUUCAAGUAGAUGUACUUUCAGUUCAUUAUAAUCAAGAACUUUGGGGUCCUGAACCUGUUGAUGAAUUUCAUCCAGAACGUCAUUCUUGCAAACGACAUCCACUAGCUUAUAUGCCAUUUGGUGGAGGACCACGUAUAUGUAUUGGCAUGCGAUUUGCACUUAUGGAAAUAAAAUCAUGUUUAGCUCGGCUAAUGAGUACAUACCGUAUUUUGCCAUCAUCACAAGAAAUAGAAUAA